UGAGGCCGAUUCUGGUUUGGGCCAAGAAAAGAAUGGCAUCGACUCUGUGCCACCAACGCCCGACUUCCCAAGUGCCGGAAACUUUGAGGCCACAACGGAGACAGCGUUUUCCGACAUGGCCUUCGCAGACAGUGAUUUUGGGUUUGGACACGCUAAAACUGACAAGGCCGAGAAGGCGAAGGGGAAGCGAAAGAAAGACAAAAAGGCAGAGAAGGAGAAGCAGGAGAAGAAACAAAAAGAGGAAAACAAGGAGAUGACGGAGAUGACGGAGCCAAGCUUCGGGGCAGAGUGGACCACAUUUGGUCAAGAUCCUGGUUUGGCUGCAGAGACACAUGAGAUCAGGGAAAACUGGCCAAGCUUUGGCAACGAACAUGAAAUGUCCUUUGGCCUUGAGGAUGACAAAGAGAAACCAAAGCAAAAGCGAAGACAGAAAGAUCAGAAAGACUCUCAGAAAGAUUCUGAAAAAGGACAGAACAACAGCUGGUCGGAUGACUUACAGCCUCAGGCGACGCGAGAAUCCUUUGUCCCUCACUUUGGGCAGGAUAGCACAGAUCGCCCCAGUUGGGACUUGUCUUUGCCCCAGCCGAGAACGCGUUUUGGUUUGCCUGUGUCUCAUGGAGAGCAAGGUCGAGAGCAGCAAGAGCAGCGAGAGCAGCGAGAUCCUGAUUACGUGGCAAGGCUGGAGGAGAUCCUUGGAGUUUCCAAAGUGCACGCUGGAGAGGCUGUGCGCCUCGACAAACAGAACAGCGAAUGGGCAGGACGGCGUCAUGACGGCCAUUUCGAGGAGAGAUAUCGCACGGCCUUUAUGGAUCUUGGAGACUAUGGAAGCCCUGGGGUUUACGUCAGCUUGAUGGGUCUGAAGAGCAACAGUCAUGUACCAAGAGUGCUUCCAGAACCUGCGAAGCCAUUUCUCAAGACUGUCGCACCAAACUUUGUACCCAACUUCCAGGCUGGCGUACCUGGUCGCUCUAAACCUGCAUUCGACCUGUUGCGGAUGCGUUGAUGGCUUUUACUUUGUGUGUUUCAAGUAUGCCUUGGUGCAGCAAAGUAUUGCAGAUCCGAGAGCAACUUUUCUAGAGGGUGAAACGGUGAAACAGGGUGAAACAGGGUGAAACAACAC